AUGGCGUCUUCAAACCAUUCCAACAACGAUCCCGCUUCUAUUCAGUCCAUUGCUAGCACUGCAAUCAGCCACAUCCAACAGCUUGUUUCACUAGUGGAACAAAGGCCAACAGCGGCAUCAACGUCUUCAAACGAGCUGCAAGUAGCGACUCCACGAGCUGGUACUGCUUUGGAGGAAUUACGAAGGCGAUUCCCAACAGUUUCAGCAAGGUCAAGCAGGAAUGCUGCAACAGGAAGGUAUGAAAGAUCCAAUACUUUCCGACCGUAUCCUAACGUAAGACGCACAGUUGGGAGACCAUUGACGUCUGAAACAGUCUCGAAAGAUAUUGUAAUCUUGGAUUUUGGAAGAGAGAAAAUACCAACAAAAUCCGAGAAAGCUGAAUUGGAAAGAUCCGGCAGAAUCAUUUUGGGUUUUGACAUCAAUAGAAAGUGCAGGGUUCGAAAUAAUACCUGUCUACCUGUCGAUUUCAGGUAAUUUUAGGAAGUGACAGGUAAAAAAUAUUGAUGCCUGUCGCUGGCGACAGGUAAGAAAAACCUCAAUAAUUCAUAAUUUAUCAAUUUGAAUAAUAUUUCCAUCCAUUUUCCACCAGCAUGCGUGCUCACUCGUUCAGUUCAUCGGAGUUCUCGCACGGGACUCGCACGGUAUAUGCGGUAGUUACUAGACUCUACUCAAUAAAAACGAGAUGCUGCAAUCUUUGUAGUGCGCAUGACAAGAUAACAAAUGCCAUAUGACUUGCUUUGCUUCUUCGUCGAUCGAAACAUUAUAAUCAGAUAAUGAUAUGGAUCGCUUUCUGCUAAAGCGAAAAAGUGCUAACGAAGCGGAAGUGGAAGAAGUUCAUGUAGAAGAGAAUUUGGCAGCACCGACAACGAAACGUAAUAAUGUACGAGUAUUCAGGUUCAAUGAGAAAUGGAAAGAUGGGCGCCCGUGGUUGUCGUUGGAGGAUGGAAAGAUGUUCUGUUCUUACUGCAAAGUGUUUGACAAAACAAGCAGAAACAAAUUCAUCACAGGUUGUGAAUCGAUGCGCAUGGAGAAUGUCCGCUCACAUGAAGCAAGCAAUGCUCAUAAAACUAGCCACUCGGCGUUCUAAAACAGUAAAAAACGUCCAGCAGAGCAGCCCAUCGUCAAAGCGCUGAUUAACAUGGAAAACCACAACACUGACCUCAUGAAAAACCUGUUCACAACUGCGUUUUUUGUGGCCAAAAACGAAAAUUGCUUCAUUCAUUGCUUCUAUCAUUUUAUUACUAAUAUUGUCAAUUGUAAAACCACAGUUCAAUUUUGUUAUCGCUAAAAAAAGGGAAAUAAAUGUUUAAAUUAUUGUUCAGCUUGGAUGUUGGUGGAGACAGGUAAAAAAAUAUUUUACCUAUCACCAGACACAGGUAAAGAGUCUGGGAACAUUUCGACCCCUGAAGUGGGAUGCCAAAACACUUCACAACGAAAUAUCACGUUUACUACUAGGUUAUAUGGAGGGACUGUAUUUUGAAAUCGUCAAGAAUAGUGGCGGCACCCUGAUAAGACCAAAUCUCCCUGCAGGAAAAGACAUUGAUGCUAAGCUUCUACUCAAAUUAAUUGCCCCGUUAGGAUGGGUAUAUCUUAGACUGCUAGAGGAGCUACCAUAUUCUUUCAUGGAUCCUAGUGAUAAAAAACUUUUUGUUUCUCCUUUUGCUGUUGAAGACACAGGUGAUCCGGGUGAUCCAGGCUUGUGUAUAGACUUGACCGAUACUCCAGAUGGAGAACGAUUGUGUCGUCAAAACUCAGCAAAUGGCACUGAAUCCUCUAAUCCAGACGAAAGUUCAACACUCAAUGCCAAUGAGAGUCAGUCACAAUCGAGUUCUUUGAACAUUAACUCGAUCAUCAGGGGUGCUAAAGAGGGACAGUUGAGUGACCCCGUAGAGGUGCUGAAAUAUCUACAGAAGGAGAUAGUAACUGGAAGACCCUUAGAAAUCACAAGCUCAGAAGACACCAUUGAAGGAGAAACAAAUUACAUAACAGUCGACAGACAAUAUACUAGAAACAACAUUUGCUGA